AUGCCUUUAAGACGGACUGGAAGUCUCAAGCAUGAUGACAGUAUACUAUCGAUGGAAGUCAUCCAAGCAUUUUGGACAAUUACUGUCACCAAGAAAUCAAUGUAUGGUUACCACGAAGUGUCCAUAUGGUUAGUGCAAUCUGUCUUGAAAUCCCAAGAUGAUGUUUCCUCGUCUUCGGGGAAAUAUUAUUCCAUAAAGGUAGCAGGUUCACAUUGGCUCGGUUACUUAACUGCUCAGCUAGAAAAUCAAUUCAAUCUGAUGCUCUUUCUAGUCUCAAGUAACCCAACACCUUCACAUUCCUCCUCGGCCAAAGAUGAAAUACUCGGCCUGUCGCAGGUAAAACUGCAAGAGAUGCUCACUAAGAUUAUUGAAGAGAAUGAUUCCAUCCGCCACGAAUGUGGAAAGAAGGCUUCCGUCAAACUACGCCACGUAAUACCCUAUCACACAUCAAUAGAGAUCGAGCUCGACGAAAAUGCUAUGGAAUCUCAUCUUGGUCUAAUCGAUGUAGCUGCGAGCAAGGUUUUAAUAUCUCGUUUUGCGAUUUGUGAAUUCAACACAUGUGGAAAGAUGUUUGAUGUAUCAAGCAACAGUGGUAGGCUCUUUAACAGCUUGUUGAAAGCAGCAUCAAACCAAAGAAUGGUCCUUGGCAUUACAUUUAAGAACAUGCAUACCAUGAAAGGUUUAUGUGGUCAUGCUGCGAAGCAGAUCCCGAUGACUGGACUGCAGAACGACGCGGAACAGAUCACGUUAUCCUCAAAAUCUAGCUAG